UUAGAACGUGAAAGUAAUUUCCGAAACUGCUUUUUAUUACAUAUCUACAUGCUAUGUAGGAUAAUUUAUAAAAGCAUUCAUGCCUUGUGAAAUAGAAGCAUUAUCUUCUGGAUAUGUCGAUGAGAAUUAAAACAAUAUUAGAUGAAUCAAAUAAUUUAAUAGGUGAGCGUUCCAGUGUUCAAAAAUAAUGUUAAAGAGGAACCACUUACUGAAGAUAACGCUUGUCUCGAGAUGACACCGGAUUUUGCAUUUAAACGAAGAUUAGUAGUCCGUGUUUGCAGAGAUCCGGAAUUCUGCGACACUAAUGCUUGUAUCAGGAAGUGCUGCUCUGAAGACGAGUAUCUUUAUGCCGGUUAUGGUUGCAAUAACCUUAAGCCUAAUGAAUCGAGAGAGUUUCACAAUGCUUUCACGAACGCCGUGAAUCAGACGAAUUCGUUCACUUUCGAUACAACCAAAGACUACGGAGUUUUGAUUCAGUUCCCGUGUGAAGUACCAUACAGUGCCGAGUAUCCAGAGUUAUGGGAAGAACAGAUGUCACUAACAUCAAAUGGACAUGUCUUUAUCCAAAAAAAUGAUAUAAGCAACAUGCAUUGCUUUGACAUCAUUUAUAAUAAAUUCGGCAACUUUGCUCACUUUGAUUUGUUUUUCUGUGACGAAUAUUACGUGAUAGAUGAUCACAGAAGCUCUAACUGGUGGUAUGCCAUAUUGAUCGUCAAUUGUGUAUUUCUAUUGAUGACCUUCCUAAUAUACGCGUACUUACCGAAUCUGCAAAAUCUUCAUGGUAAAACGGUCAUGUGCUAUAUUAACAGUCUCUUACUGGCUAUCAUCUUCACGUUUAUCACGAAGUGGUACGGAGAAGUCGUCUUUGAACAACGAAGUUAUACAAUAUGUAAAGCUUUAGCUUAUGUUACGCUUUUUUUUAACCUAUCGAUACAUCUCUGGCUUAACGUUAUGUGCUUUGACAUGUGGUGGACUUUCAGAACUUUACGUGAAAAUAGGAUUAUGAAGAACCGCAACAAAAGAUUUCUGUUGUACUGUUUAUAUGCGUGGAGCAUCUCUUUCCUGCUGUUAAGCCUCACUAUCUUUGCCGAUUUCACGGAUGUACUUCCAGAUUAUCUAAAGCCCAAGUUUAAUGAUUUUGAAUGCGUUUUCAUGGUUACAGACAAUUGGGAUUUCGUCGGCGAUGUAAUUUUUGGUGUUGGACCGCAGAUGAUUCUGUUAACAUCUAAUGUGGUGUUCUUCAUUCUUACGUCGAAAUAUUACAAUAAAGUAAAAGCGGAUAUAAAAAAUGUAAUUACGGAUCCUAGAAGCAAACCAUUGCAUUCCAAUAAAAAGAAAUUUAUCAUAAACGUUAAACUGUUCAUCGUUAUGGGAACGCUCUGGAUCUGUCAGGUAAUGUUCUGUCAGGUUUAUUGA